UAUAAGGCUGGGGAAGUGUAGACACGUCAUGGUGUGGUCUCUCCUGAGGUAUUUAAAGUUCAGCCUUCAGAAGUCUGCACACUUUGAAACCGGAUGUUUCACAACAAUAUGCAGGGAAUGACUACCACAAUAAGGGAAGGAUUCUUAAUCAAAAGGGGUCACAUUGUUCAGAACUGGAAAGCAAGAUGGUUUGUUUUGUUCAAAGAUCAACUUCUUUACUAUAAAAUUGAAGAAGGAAAGAAGGAAUCUCAACCCAGAGGCCAGAUUCCGCUCCAAAGUUGCACUCUUAUCUGUCCCUGUGUCGAUUAUGAAAACCGGCCGCUGAUGAUUAAAUUGAAGACUCAGCAAUCUAUUGAGUAUUUCCUUCAAGCUUGUUCCCGUGAAGAACGUGAUUCCUGGGCUGCUGAUAUUAAUAAAGUGAUCAAAGCUGUUAAUCCAAAACAAACACAACAGCUGGGGACAUCCUUUAACUCAACAUCAGACAUCAGUCUCAAUCACUUGAUUGAUGCCAUGCACGAUAGUCACGGUGGGAUAAAGGAAAUGGCAAACACAGAAUGUGGGAACACCUACAAGAUGACUUUCACUGGUUCAUCAGUGGUCGACUGGGUGAUGUCCUGGAAUUUUGCCCACUCCCGUCUGGACGCUGUCACGUUAGCUUCCAUCCUGGUCGAAGAAAAUCUCAUCACGCCAGUGGGUCCGAAAAGUACAAAAAGCGUGCGCAGCAUGCCACUUGGAGAGCAGUUAAUGGAUGAUUCAACAGUACUUUAUUGUUUCAUCGAAAACAAGAACAAAAUUGACAACUCCAAUGACAUCAUAGAUAUAAACCCCUUAGAGAUGAGCGGCAAAAUUGUGAAGCAAGGAUAUUUAAUGAAGCAGGGACACACCAGAAAAAACUGGAAAGUGAGAAAAUUUGUUCUGAGGGCAGAGCCUGCAUACCUGCACUACUAUGAUCCUUGCAAAGAAAAGGAAGACCAUGCUGCUGGUGGGUUUGCUCUCCGAGGCUGUUUAGUUUCUGCUGUGGAAGACAAUGGAAUUGCACCAGGAAUAAAGGGAAAAGUUCAAGGCAAUCUCUUUAAGAUCAUCACAAUCCAUGACGUCCAUUAUUACAUCCAAACUGGCUCCCCCGCUGAAAGGUCAGCAUGGAUCAAGGCAAUUAAACAGUUAACAUAAACCCUCUUAAAAAAAACUGGAGAUGAAAAGACUGAAGAAAACAAAUGAAAGACAUUCCGAAAGUGUAUCUGUGUCCUUGCAAAAGAUCAUUUCCAAAGCAAUGAUUUGCUUAUAACUAACUUUGCAUUUGUAG